UCUACAUUAGUUCAUCGCUUGGUACCAGCUUGCGGGUGUUGCAAACGUACAUCAUAAGCUUCCACAUCUGCUGGGAUCUCAAUACUGCGGGGCAAUUCUACACCUACCAUGUAGGUACGUGGCACCGCGCCACGACAAUGCCGGACUCAGGGCGUGAAGGCUGGCAGGAACUGCAAGUGCCGUCUCGGAGACAAUGCCCCAAACUGUUUUACAGUCUGAACGUAGAGGAUGAGCAUCUGACCUUGUUGAUGACCGAUUUGAUUUCGGUAUGGGAGAGCUCACUCGAUAAAUACGACAUCAUAGGCGAAGCCGCCCGACAACACACGAGCAUCGACCCGUCAGUUUCACCUGAUCAAUUCGAGGUUCUCUUGACCAAAAUCACCGAGAGCUUGAAAGAUGGCGAAAACGUACUUUCGAAACAAGAAGUUCGCAACUCGCAAAUCCUACUGCUAACUACCAAAAUCGAUCUCCCCAAGCCACUGAAACCGCUCGAAUGGACCUUCAAACUCGGCCCCCGAGACGCUUCGGAGAUGGCGGAACGCAUCCUCCGGCCCAGUCUACACGAAGUGGCUGUCUCACAGGGGAAGAUCAAAUCCCUACUUCGUACCAUCGAGGACAAGGAUCACAUCAUCUCUCGACUGCUCGAGAGAAUAGGCAGUUCCUCGAUAGAUCUGAGCCUGGUGUUUCCUGGGAUCACGGGCGCGGCUCGUCGAGGGGCCCAAGUCACUGUGUCAGACGCCAAAAGGCACAUUCCAGGGAUGGCAUCUUUCGAUGAGAAAUCGUGGAUCAAGCAGUUCGCCAAUGACGACGUGUAUGAAGGCGCCGACCGCACGGGCCUGGGGAAUCUUGUCCGUGGGUGCGAGAAGUGUUUCGCUCAUUCCAAGGCCGAGCACGAGGAUUGGAUCAGAGACCUUUCUUCACCUGCGAAAAAGGAAGUGGUCGAGUCGAAGAAGACAGGUCCGCCCGACAAGUCAACUGCGAAGAAGAGUGUCCGAGGCGAGAGCAAGUCGGGCGAUGAGUCUACAGAUUCUGAUGACGAAUUCGAGAGACAAUCUACACCACCAGCCCUCAGAUCCAAAGGCCGUGGCACAAGUAAGACAGCGGCAACUUCUACUGCUCCCGAAGCAGACGAGAAGGAUGAAGAACGUACAAACAAACGAGCCAACCUAACCAAGAAAGGCAAACUGGGUCGCCGCAAUGCCGCAAAGUCAUUUGGUCGCGCAGAUUCAAAAAGCAAAUCACCUUCACCUGAUGCAUCAAAGGUAUCUUCACCCCAGCGCCGUGGUUCCGACGCCUCUACGUCUACAGCAACAGCGACAGCAUCCGAGGACCAGGACGAGGAAGUCAAACCGCCAUCUAAAGAGAGCGACCCGAAACCUAGAAUUGGCGCCCUCAGAUCGAAGCAGCCUUCGCGGAAGUCACCAUCCACGUCCCCAUCUCCAAGCCGAGACGCAUCGAAGGAGAAUGUUCAUCAUCGGCCCUCGCCUUCGGCACACUCUGACGAUUCGUCUGACCUCGAUCUCGACAAUUCGCCUCCUCCGGCCAAAACACCCCCACGCCAACGCCACCGUCUUGGACGUCUAGGCGGCAAAUCUGCCACGACGACGACGACUUCGAGAAGAGGGAUGGCAGCCACUUCAUCGUCUCCUCCACAAUCUGAUCUGAAGAAGAGCAACCCCACCACCACCACCACCACGACGAACAACAACCCAUCUGGAUCCGAACCGGAUUCCGAAUCCAAGGCUACUGCUGCAACUCAAACCACGCCACGGCGAAGAUUAGGCAGAAUCGGCAUACGCAACAGGCAAUCCACUCAGACACAAUCGCGCGACUCGGACGCCACAGACUCACCAUCGCCGUCACCCUCACCGUCCACCACACGACUUCGGUCAGGAGACGUACAGCCUCAGGGGCAGACCGAGGACAAGGACGAACCAGAAACAGAGUCUGAACCCCAUCGUCAACGACAAAACUCGACGUCCCCGGCAAAGGAAGAGACGGCGGAAGAAAGGGCCAACCGUAGACGGAUGGAACUCAAGCGUAGCAUAGCUGCCAACGCCGGUGCGAAGAAGAAGAGACGCUUCUGAUCUACCCAGGUCACCACCUCCCUGACGGACGAGAGUACACGUUUCGCCUUUGUUUUUCUUUUUUUCCCUUCUUUUUUUCCCUCUUUCCCCUUCCUCCGGAACCGGUUUUUGUGUUGGUUUCUACAUCUAUGCGUACGUGUGUAUACGUUUAUGUAUAUGUCGCAAUGGAUGUGUGUUGCAUGUGGGUAAAGUAGGUUAACUACAAGUAGUAGCAGAAGACUAUCCAGGCCCUCCUUUCCCUGCGUCUAUUUUUUUUUGGCCGCGUAGCCUCUAAGAU